CCCACUGCUUCGGAGGAUGGCGGCAGCAAGCUGGUACCACCGGGACAUCAGCCGGGUGGUGGCGGAGGGGCUGCUGGCCAAGGCCGGGCGGGACGGCUGCUUCCUGGUGCGGGACAGCGAGUCGGUCUCGGGGGCAUAUGCCCUCUGCCUCCUGUUCCAGCGGCACGUCCACACCUACCGCAUCCUCCCUGAUGACGAGGGGCUGCUCUCUGUCCAGCAAAACGCUUGUCCCCUUCCGGCCACUGUCACCCGCCCCAGCAUGGCCACACGAGGCCCGAUCCCCAUGACUGAGAUCGACUUCACGCUGGCGGGUCUGGAGACGCUGGCCAGGGUGUUCGACCCCCCCGCCUCCCCUCGUAGCCCAGCCAGGGAGCAGGGUCUCCUGACCAGCGAUCCAGACCUUGAGCUGCUCCUCAACAAGAUAUCUACAGUCAACCAUCUCCUCUCUUCGCUGGAGAAGAAGCUGAUCAAAUACCAGAGCGUGCAGAGCAAGGUGAGGCUGGUGUACGACCGGGAGCCGCAGAGGAGCCUGAGCAAAGACUUUGUCUUCCCCAACGCGCGGCUGAUCAAAUACCAGAGCGUGCAGAGCAAGGUGAGGCUGGUGUACGACCGGGAGCCGCAGAGGAGCCUGAGCAAAGACUUUGUCUUCCCCAACGCGCGGAAGCGAGAGGCCUUUUGCCAGCUGCUGCAGCUGAUGAAGAUCCAGCACUCCAACCUGGACGAGCCUGAGCUCAUCUCGGUGUACGUCGGGACAUGGAACAUGGGCAGCACGCCCCCGCCCCGCUCCCUCGCCUCCUGGCUGACCUCGAGGGGCUUGGGGCGCACGCAGGACGAGACCACCGCUUGCAUCCCCCACGACAUCUAUGUUAUCGGCACCCAGGAGAACUCCCUGGGCGACCGCGAGUGGGUCGAGUUCCUCCGUGCAUCUCUGAAGACCCUGAUGGCCAUCGACUACCGAGUGGUCGCCCUGCAAUGCCUCUGGAGCAUCAAGAUCGUGGUGCUGGUGAAGCCCGAGCACGAGCGGCGCAUCAGCCACGUCCACACCUCCAGCGUGAAAACCGGCAUCGCCAACACACUGGGGAACAAGGGAGCUGUGGGCGUCUCUUUCCUCUUCAACGGGACCUCCUUUGGCUUCGUCAACUGCCACCUGGCCUCCGGCAGCGAGAAGACCCACAGGCGUAACCAGAACUACAGUGACAUCCUGCGCUCCCUGGUCCUGGGCGACAAGCGGCUCAGCGCCUUCGACCUCACCCUGCGCUUCACCCACCUCUUCUGGUUCGGGGACCUCAACUACCGCCUGGACAUGGACGUGCAGGACAUCCUUGCCCAUAUAACCAAGAAGGAGUUUGAAGCCCUCCUGGCUGUCGACCAGCUCAACCUGGAGCGGGAGAAGAACAAGGUGUUCCUGCGAUUCAGCGAGGGUGACAUCUCCUUCCCACCCACCUACCGGUACGAGCGGGGCUCCCGGGACAGCUACAUGUGGCAGAAGUUCAAGCCCACAGGGAUGAGGAUCAACGUCCCCUCGUGGUGCGACCGCAUCCUGUGGAAGUCACACCCAGAGACCCACGUGGUCUGUAACUCCUACGGCUGCACCGACGACAUCGUGACCAGCGACCACUCGCCCGUCUUUGCCACCUUUGAGGUGGGAGUGACGUCGCAGUUCGUGCCCAAGAAGGGUAAGAGCCGGCCCCGCAGCCUUCCAGAGCCGACCGCUGGCUACACCAACCCAGCCUACUUCAUCUUCGAGGGGGUCCCCAACACGUGGGUGCCGGCCCCCAGCACCAGCGAAGCCCAUGACAAGCAGCUGGAGAGCCCAGCCAGGGACCAGCGGCGCCAGAGCCCCCUCGGGGCACGGGUCCCUUCACCCUCAGAGGAGGAGCGGUGGGGCAGCCGGCCCUGCUGUGUGCCAGGGGGCCCGUCCCGUGGGUGCCCACUCAGCCCCCCCGGUGCAGGCCGGCAGAAGAGACCCAAAUCGGCAGUCCUGGCGAGGGACCCACCGGGGCUGGGCGACUGCUCGCUGACGGCGCUGCACAUGGCCACCUGCCUGAGCCAGCUGGACCGGGCGUCCCCUGAGCGCAGAGGGGACAGCCAGAAGACCCUGCUGCGCCAGACCCACAGCCGCCUGGAGCCACCCCCAUGGCCCUGCCGGGAGGUGCCGAGGUGCACGCCGGACGCUCACCAGCACGGCCACCCCAGAGAGUGGCCCUGCGACAGGGGGGAGCUGUCCCGCAGCGUCGGUGGGUGCCUGGGCCACCUCGGCUUGCAGCAGGACAUGGAAGUGCUGCAGGGGUAUGGCUGGGACCCCCUGGAGAUCUUCAGAGAAGUCACGGAGCGGGACCUGCUGGAGGCUGGGCUGCUCAGCCUGAGCCAUCCCUGGCUCAUCCAUGGCAAGCUCGGCGAGGGCAGCGCGGUGAGCCUGCCACGGAGACCUGACCUUGGCCCCAGCGCCUAGAGCACCUAUCCCCACCCCAGCACCCCCAUGUGCUCUCCUCCAUGGAGCUCCCGGGGCGGGCAGAGAGCUGCCCAGGAGGACUGGGCAGGCAGGCAGGGACCUACUGGCCACGGUCCCAACCCGUCUGGCCUCCCCAGCAAGUUACUGGUGUUUCUCAGUUGGAAAGACCUAGGAAGCUCCUGUGGCCACUGGGACGGACACUUUCUGCGUCUCGCUGCAUGACUCCAUCCUCCCUCCCCAAAGCAAUGGAAGGAGCACGCUGAGCCCCACCAGCAAGGAGGGAUGCGGGGCAGGGGAGAUGUUGAAGCCGCCUGGGGAGUGGGGACUGCUGGGUGCUUUGGCUCUCGAGGCUCAGCCUCUCCAGGUGACCAACGUGCAGCCUGCAAGGGCACAGCAGCAUCUGCAGCCAGCCCAGCCCUGCAGACCCUCGUGCCUUCGGCCUCAGUGGCUGCUCCUUCCUCCCCAAGCUCAGCCCUGGUCAGACGGUGUUCCCAGAGGACUUCUCCUACAGCGGCUGCGGCGCCAUU